AAAAAAGAAAAAGAAAAGAUUUUUCUUUUUAAUUUUAGAAAUGAUAAACAAAGCUUAACCCCUGCCAGAACCCUAUUGAACUAUCGAAGAAUCUGUAAGGCGGAAUAAGUCAUGCUUCCCGUAAUUCGAUCGCGUGUUAGUUCCUGCAUUUUCAGAGCAAGAAAUCGGCGUCCAUGGUCGAGCUCAAAUCAGCCGCCGGAGCCUCUUAAGGAGCCCACCAUUCUUGCAUCUUCUACGAUCCUCGAUCAAACUGGUUUGGAUCAGAAAUCGCCUGCUCACACUCUUCCUCCAGAAGCUGUUACUCGGACACCGGUGUCUCCGCCUCCUCCUACUCCUCCCCCAGAAGCAGUUGCUGCUCAAUCUAUCCCUCCGCCUCCGCCUCCGCCUCCGCCUCCUCCGGCGGAAGGAGUUGCUCAGAAAAAAUCUUGGAGAUUUCUUAAGGCUGGUCUGUUCGCCGCUGUUACCGGUGGAGUUGCUACCGCUGGCUAUGCCACUUAUGCAUAUAGUUCGGAUGAGAUAAAUGAGAAAUUGAAGUUUUUACAAGCUUAUACCAACUACACUGCACCUGAAGAUGCGUCUGACUUUGAUAAAUACAAAGGGUUGCUACUGUCAGGUGUAAUGACAGUGCCUGCUAAAUUAGGUGAAAUUUACUUGGACCUAAGAAGGUUUGCUGAAGAUCAAAUUCAAGGGUUUUCUGAUCCACCAUCCGACAAGCUCCUACCAGAUCUUGCCCCACAGGAGGCGCACGUGUUUACGCUUGUUUUGGAUCUGAAUGAUACACUUAUACACACCGAUUGGAAUCGUGAUAGGGGUUGGAGAACAUUUAAAAGGCCUGGGGUCGAUGCAUUCCUUGAACAUUUAGCGCAAUUCUACGAAAUCGUUCUAUAUACAGACCAAAUGACUAUGUUUAUUGAUCCAGUGGUUCUGAAGUUGGAUCCACAGCACUGCAUCAGAUAUAAACUCGAUAGAGUUGCAACUAGGUAUAAGGAUGGCAAACAUUAUAGAGACCUUUCCAUACUGAACAGAGAUCCUUCAAGAGUUUUGUAUGUGAGUGCUCAUGCCUUAGAAACUACCCUUCAACCUGAAAAUGCUGUGCCGAUCAAAGAAUGGAAGGGUGAAGCUGACGACACGGAACUUUUGGAUCUAAUUCCUUUUCUUGAAUUUGUUGCUAAAAUGAGACCACCUGACAUUCGAACUACCCUGGCUUCAUACCAAGGUCACGACAUUCCUAAAGAAUUCAUUAAACGUUCCAAAGAGCAUCAGAGAAGGUCGCAGGAGCAGAGGCAGACAAAACGGCUUUUUGGGCGCUGACAGUAAAUGUAGGUUUUCAUUGUAUGCAAUUGAGUGUUACUACUAUAGAUUUUGGUUGCAUACAUUUUCUAAUGCAUUGGUUUCCACGUCAGAAGGUUGGGAGAGCAAAAGCAGAGGUGGAGUUAAAUCUAGGUAUUAGUUGGAAUGGAGUAUUUUCUGGAGUAACACCAAGCUGAGACAUUCCAGCUGAGGUCCAUUCUGUUUAUCACGUAACAAUUUAUCCAUUCAAUGGAAUUUUGUAGUCAGAUUUUUAACUCACUUUAUGAGACCACAACCCAUAAUUCCUCAGGUGACCACAUAUUCAAGCAAAAGGAAAAAACCUGUAUUUUUUCUUUAUCUGCAUUCACAAUGCAUAUUGCUAGCAGUCAGAGCCCAAUUUUAUUGAUUUACUGGUUUGUUUUUCUUUUGAAUUAUUAAGUAGGGGAAAGUAAACGAAAAAAAGUUCCCCCUAUUUUUUAUUUUUUGUUUUGGUUUGGUGACAAUGGCUUCAUUUCACUUUCAGUUACUACGUGCAUUUGGUUUGAAGUCACUUUCAGUUUUGUUGCAGUUAACAAGCAAAUUUAAUUUAGCCAAACAUAUUGAUUGAACAGACAGAGCAUCGGUGGUAACAUCCAAAAUUCCUGGGACGUAAUUGUCAAAUUCCACAGCAUAACAAUGUGGAACAAGAAAUUCCACAAUGAUACUGGACCACAAUGAACAGCCGAUACAGGUUGAAGUUAAACCAGUCAAUUCUUAAAGUGAACGGUGUUGAGGGAAUUAUGAGGUAAUUAUGAUCAUGUUAGUUACCUCUAUUCCAUAUAAAUUUGAAAAUUUAGUGACUAUUAGUUUAAAACAAAGACUAUAAUAUCUGCAUUACUAGAACUUGGGGUUGUGGGUCAAUUUUAGUUCAGGGUUGUCCAAUUGGCACGCUAAGUUGGAAUUGGAAAUGGAUGUGACGUCGUACCAUCAAUCUCAGAAGAGUGCUCUCAGCUUGAAGCCAAAUCCGGAUAUGUGUAAUAAAGGGACAGCUGCAGUUGAGCAGACAUCGCAGUAGAUGAAACGGUCUUUGGACAUCAUGUUUGGAUACUUGUCGUUUCUUCAUAUGUUAUUCUUCUUUCCUUCGAUUUUUUUUUUCUUUUUAAAUGUUCAUUUCUUAGAGAGGAAGAUCAUUGACAAAACUAAAGUCAUAUAGCGAUCGACAAAAUCUAGAUUAUCCAUUAAUGUGAUGCAUGAACUCAUGUGUUGUUAAAGUUGGAUUGAAAUAAUCUUCCCUCAUUGUCCAGUUUGAGAUUUCACUUUUUUAAUACAAUUUGAACUAGAAAUGAAAACUCAAACUGGACAAUGAUUACGGGACGGAGGGAGUAUGAAGUUAUGAACAUUGAUAAUAAGUAGUAAGUAUUAUUUUAUGUAUCUCACUAUGUGAUAUAAAAUCAUCAUGGCAUUCCGUCUACACACGGAAGAUACUAAUAUGAGAAUUCGUGUAUCCCCCGGCGGGCGUUAAAAUAAAAGCCAUAUCACUUUAUUAGUUACCUUUCUUUGUAAUAAAGCUUCCAAAAGUAUAGCAUAUGUUCAAAUGGAAUGGACAACUAACUCACCUAAAAGUAAAACACGAGACAACUAAUUCUUAUGUUUGAUAUGGUCAAAAUAUUAAGUAAAUAUGUUUAGGAUGGGUGCAGUUUAAUGCGCUGAGAUAUACUGCUGAAAAUGUUUCCAUUUUCCUUUCAAAAAUCCAAAUUCAUUGAUUUUAUACGCCAUAAUAAAUAGUACUCCUAUAUUGAAUUCUUGUGAUUUUGGUCGUUAUCAAUUUUUAUUUUUAUUUUUUUCCAUAAAGGAUGAGCUGCUGCCUGCUGUUCUGUUCCUUUUAAUUAGUUGUGUUGAAA